AUGUUUGAAUGCGGCGAGUGUGGUGACAGAUUCUGGGAUCGUGAGGAAUUCGAGUGGCAUAUGACCGACGAAGGCCACUGGUUUGAGUGCGAAACCUGUACCAGAGUAUUUGCCAAUGGCCGGUAUCGAGCCCAGCACAUGAACGCAGUCGAUCAUUGGCUACCUCGUGUCCCCUGCGAUACCUGCGACUUACAGUUCACGUCGAUACAGGCCGCAAACCGGCAUAUGCAAAACGAGGGUCACUGGGCCAACUACUGUGAAGAUUGUAACCGGGUGUUCCCUACCCAGAAUGCCCUUCGAAUGGUAUGUGGCUACCUAGUACAGACAAAGUUGUCUGCUCAUGUGGAUUCUGAAACGACAUUACCAGCACCUAAAUUCCAAUCGGUGUCUUCCACCAUCUGGAGACAGGGUCUUGUCCGGCCGCACCAUCCGUCAAUCGAGAAGCUAUCCGAAAAAAUGUGUCUUCGAGCAGACAAAAAAGGGCUUUUUACCAACCGGCAGCUGGAAUGGCACGGAGACGAUACAGAGUACAUUGCGACGGCCGAGUCUUGGAACGGAGAUCGGUAUGAGUGCUAUCUCUGCCAUCGCGGUUAUGGUUCCCUCAGAUCGCUCAAUCAGCAUCUGAGGUCGCCGGCCCACCAGCAAAAAGUGUAUCAUUGCCCGAACCGCGGCUCUUGUUCCAAACAGUUCACCACGCUGGCUUCGCUCUUCAACCACUUAGAGAGUGAGAGCUGUCGGUUCAUGCGUUUUGAGGACGCCCAGAGGGCUUACAGAAAUGUGGGAGACUCUCUCAUGAGUGGACGACAGCUGACUAUGUUCUAA